GUUUUUACAUUUUUAGUUUUUUCGCGUUCAAGAAUUGUAAUGAUAAUUUUGUCUACCACAUUGGGAUCAUUAUACAAAACGAUACAAAACAAAAAUGUUAAAAAUGUAGACGGUAAUGCAGCAUUCUAGACGGUAAUAGUACCUUAACAACUCUUUAGUUGGGUACUCUUCUUCUUUAGGUGCCCUGUCCGCUGCGAACGUUGGCUAUUAACAUGACAAUUAUGAUCUUGCUUAGUUGAGUUCUGUCUUCUUCUUCCUGUCACUCGUCUGUUGUUCACUGCAUUAACCUGAUUGUAAUUCAUCUAUGCUACUGGCAAGGAUCCCUCCUUCAUCGGCAUGUCUUAUGUUGUUGAUUAAAUCACCGUUUAUUUUUACAUGCCCUCUAUUGCAUUUUCCAGAUUUUUAAAUAAACAACUUAAUGCAUAAUUUAUGACAGUAGUAAAUAAUACUACAAACUUUUCAAUUUAAACAAACUUGAAUAACAAACUUGUAAACUAGAAUAAUUCACCGUAGAUGUCCAAAGUGUUCAAACAUUUCUGUACUUAUUUAACAACGUUCACUAAUAAUAUGUUGCCAGUAUAGUAUCUUUUCUAAAGAACCUGACGGAUCUGUGUAUAUUUGACUUUUUCAAUAUCCCCACAAAAAGUAAUCUAAGAGAUAACUAAGGAGAUUUUGGAGGCCAUUCAAUUAAUCCUCUUAUUUAAAUCGAAUUUCUAGGGCAGGGGUCACCAAUUAUAUUCCUUGGGGGUCUAUUUCGAAAACCUACUACACUUCCGCGGUCCGGACACUCAGCACUAAACCAGGCAGUGGCGAAAGGGGGGGUAAUACUCAGAAACCCCUGUAGUUGUAACCUUACCUCAGAAGAUCAUACUUAUUACGUAAUUUAUUAUUUAUUAACGCACGAAGUUGACAAGCUGUGCUGUAUCUGUAAUAUCGCAUGACUCAUCCAUUGCCAAAGCAAAAUAUUUAGUGACAGCCAAGAUUUGUUUUAACGUUUUCUUUGUUUCAUCUGCCAAUGCCUGUGUAUUCCUUGUGCUUGAAGUAGUAGAUAUUGGAAUACGCUAAAUAGUAUCGACAACAUCCUUUUUAUUUUCAAAUAAUCAAUUUCCUGCUUCCACAAAACACUCUUUAACGAUAGCUGCGUCACUAAAUGGCUUCAUAUGUUUGGCAAGUGUCCAGGAAAUGCGUAAAGAAGCCGCGGAACAUUUCAUUCUUAGAUUUGAUUAUAAUUUUACACUAUAAUUUUAUUACUAUAUUUUGAAUUUAACGGCGGUCCGCAAAAAACAAGCUCACGGUCCAGAUGCGGACCGCGGUCCGCCAUUUGGUGACCCGUGCUCUAGGGAAUAUUUCAUUGAAUUACUUCCGCUACAAUAAAUUUUGGAAGUGCUCCAUUCUGUUGAAAUAUUAGGUGAUCUUCGAGGUAUCUUUUCCUCUUAUGUUUGUUGACAUUGUUUCAACAGUGAUUUCAAGUAAAUCCAAAUACAUGUCUCCAGUCAACUUUUCUGGGUUAUAAGAAUGUACUUAUACGAAAUAUUCUUGGAUUGGAAUCAAUACCAACAAUUAUGUUGAUUGCAAUGAAAUUGACUUCUAACAAAAAAAAUAUAUCUUUUAAGUCCUUGAGGUCCCAUACCAAUUUUCCACAGACUGCGAUCACAGAAUAGUGAAAAGUAAAAUUAGUGAAGAAUUCGACCGUUACUUGAUGGAAGUUCAUUUUAUCUAACAAUAAAACACUGAAAACUUUUGUUUUCAAAAUGAGUACAACGAACAAACAAUAAACAAAAUUUUCACACCGCCAGCCACAUUUAGUACGUUAUGUACUUAAAUUGUACUAGUGGCAAAGUCACGGGUAGGGAGACCUGACAGUGGUGAAUAUGACAGAAAUAUGUUCCCUGUGGAAUUAAAAUGGUUUUGCAUUUCUUUAAAAAAGUACUCGAUAUUUAUAACGAAUAUAAACGUUUAAAAUGUUUUAUUAUAUAUAUGGUAUAAAGUAAGUGCCUAAAUAUGACCGAUUGCCUGGUGCUUUAGUAUUUUUUGAAUAACAGCAUUUAUACUACUUAAAAUUUAUAUUUUGGUUGUACCAAAUAUUAUUCUGUAAUCUUUGUGUUGCAGAUGUGAUUAAAAUGCACAUUUAUUUUUAAUAUCGGACUAUGAUGACCUUUUUGUUAAAAUGUGUUUGUCUUUUUAUUAAUAUUUGGUGGAACGAUAGUAACUAAUGGAAAAGACGAUGUAAUGGGGAAGUGUACUAAUUGUAUGGUAACCCUCGAAUAACAAAAGUAGUCAAAAGAUUGAUAUUGAUUGAGUAGGCCACCUAGAAUGAUUGGAUGGUAUUAUACAGGUCAAUAAUUUUGAAGGGAGGUUACCAGAGGGCAGAGGGCACAAAAUGGAGACAAACCACGAAGGAAAUGAAAAGAUUCACCGGUGAAUUACUGCUUGUAAAAGAGGUGGGAAUGAGACUGGAAACUGUUGAAAAAAAGGACAGAAAUUGUCUUUAAAAGUAUUCACCCCUCAUCAGGAACACUUGUGAUAGCUUAAACUGAAAUAAAAUGUUGUCAACUAUAUGGCCGUUAUAGUAACAUCAUGACUGAGUAUGCUAGUAGCGACCUAGAGAUAGGUCGGCGGAUAAGCGGAUAAUAAAAAGAGGACAAUUAAGGAGACACCUCUCAUCGUAUAUCUGAAGCAAAUUGUGUAGCAAACUGAUCAAUAGAAUGCUGCAAGAGCUGUUUACCGAUACUGGUAGCAGAAAUAACUUAUUAUUUAUAAUUAACAGAUCAAUAAUAACAACACAAAACUAACAAUAAUCACAAGCAGAUUAGAAUUUAGAACUAAUUAGAAUUAGCAGAUUAGAACUAAGUUAUAAUACCAACAACAAGCUUCAACACCGAGGCCAAAUACGUCUUGAAUUAUCAAAAGUUCGUUUACCACCAAUUGACAAAAACAAAUUUUGCAGGUUGUUUUUAUUGUAGUUGACAGAUACUUUCUGCAUCAAUGUCAAAAAUUCAUCUUUCAUGUUGUUUAAAACAUACAUUUUAAUCACAUCUACCACAUAAAUUAUUUUUAGUUACCUAUUUACUAGUAAUUUUUUCAGGUUAGUUACCUAGAAAUUUUAUAUUAAAAUUUGUACAUUAUCACGUUACAUUACAAAGUUUUUAAAUAUAUCUUUUGUUCUAGUCAUUGAUUGCGAAAUGUAUCUUAAUGGAAUGCACAUUAUGUAAACGUUAAAAUAAUAAAACGUGUUGCUAGUGUUUCAUAAAAAGUAUUAUCAGGAGUCCAAUGCUAGGAGCGUAUAUAAUGAAUUUAUAGGGCUCAUGAUAUUUUUGGUGUCCUAUGCUUGGUACUUUUCGGAUAAAAUCUAAAUGGUUACUUCGUUUAUUUUAGGGUUUUGAUGACUUACCUCUUUUUGAAGACGGAAAUACGAACGGAACGUCUUCGACACGAGAGAUUAUUAUAAUGUUCAACAGUUAAGCCACUAAAUCAAAAUGCUUCUUCUUCAGGUAUCCUCCUCUAACAAAUGUUGGCGAUGGCGUGGUGUUCGUUAGAAUUGAAUUCUAAGCCAGUCCAUUCUUUGGUGUCUCUUAGCCACGUCACCUAUCGUCUUCCAGGGCCUCAUCUGUUCCCAAUCUUUCCUUCCAUUAUCAGCUAUAGAAAGAUAUCUCUCGUGUCUAAGACGUGUCCAAGAUAAGUUGUUUUUUGGUUUUUUACUAUUCUUAAAAGUUCUUGAUUCAGGCGCAUUUGCCCUAAAACUAAUUCAUUUAUUAUCUGAUUCGUCAAUGGAACCUUCAGCGUGCGGCGACCUACCCGUAUCUCAAAGUACUCUAGUCUUCUACCUUUUUAUCUCUUGGCCUGGAGCUAGUCUAUUAUUUUAUUGAUUACACAGUGAAGGUAUCUGAAUCUUUUCACCUACUAAAUGAUAUGCCCCUUAAUCAAUAUAUUUAUUGACGGAAGAGGGAUAAAGGGUUAUUUUUAGAAAGUAUCAUUGUUUUUGUUUUAUUUUCAUUGACUGAUACCAUAAAUUUGUUUGUCAUUGCUGCAUGAUUCUAUUUGUUACAUUUGUAUAUCGUUAUCAGCUAAUAGUACAGCCAAUCGGCAUAUCUAAUGUUUAUGAUUUUCUCACUUUUUCAACGGAGGGUACAAUGCAGCCUUGUCUAAUGCCUCUGAGUAUUAAUGACUUCGGUAUCACCAAGCUCUCCUCUAAAAAAGCAUCUUUAUUACAGUCGUGUAUCUUUUGUAUUGUUCUAAUGUCUUGUUGAAAACAAAUAAUUUUUAAAUAAAACUCAUUUAUUUGCUAGCAAUUUUCUUGUUAUUGUGCCGAAUUUCUUUAUUUGUUCAGUUUUUAUAUCAUAAAGCUUUGCCAUUUUUACAGAGAUUGAUAGCUUUGUUGAUAUCCACCAAUGUAAAGAGUCUUUACAGCUCCUCAGUCUCCCUUUUUGGAUCCAUUAUUUUCUCACGUUUAAGCAGUUGGUGAACGAUCUGGUCAGCUUUAACGUUUACAUCUCUAAUAUUUUUGUGGGAUCUCGCCCAUCGCCUCAUAGUGACCUGGCCUUUUGGCUAUGUCUCUCCAUGUCCAGGUCCCCAUUAAUGUUAUCCAUCUUUCUUUUUUGGUUUCUGUGAUUGCUGAAAUUAUAUAGACUGAGAGAAACGGACAUAAAAAUUCGGAAACUCCAAUAUGGAUGUGCAUUCUUGUCAAAACAUUUUCCUGUAAAGAAUAGAUCUAAAAAAACCACUGUAAUCAUUGCGAAUUAACUGGAAAACUAGCAAGUUUUUUUUUAUAUUUUAUUCUAUUUGAUAAUUUAAGUAUUUAUAGACAUUAAUAAUCAUGUAUAAAUUAAUGUGCUUCCGUAAGAUCCAUUCCGCAUAUUUUUACGGGGUCUGGUAAUAUAUGUGUUUAAUUUAAAUCAAUCGUAUACACAAUAUUUCACUGUGUUCCGAAAUAAGAAACGAAUUUCUAUUAAAAUAUUUUUAGCUUACGAAUAUGCAGCUUUCAUGCCUGUUGUUGAUAUACAAGGAUUUUUUUUUAUCGAAACAAUUAUUUUAUGUAAGUGUUGCUGUAUAUGCAUGUUAAAAAUGUUGACAAUCAAAAAUAGACGAAAUAUGUGUCAAAAUCGUUUACUAACGUUUAUAUUCACCUCAACGUAAUACUUAGCCCAUUUUGUUAAAAAUGUCGAAUUAUUUAAAAAAAAAACUAUUAAUAUCUUUUAAUUUGUGACUUCUUUUUCGCUACAUUAGCCCUGCGAAUUUUUCUAAACAGAACUCUUUUCUAACUCUUUCAUGACUCAUGCCGUAAAAAAUCGUUGUUAAACAGAUAAAAGUUGCAUGGUACAAGUUUAAAUGAAUUAUAGAGAUUUUUGUUAAUAUUUUUAUUGGUUUUCACACGUGGGGGUAACUCGGUUUUGUUUCGUCUUCAAUGUAAUCUUCCACUCUCUAAACUUGUGCACGUGACAAGUAUUAUUUUUUAUUUAAAUAAAUAUACCAUUUCAUCAUCUAGACCAAAUGUCCCAUACGAUAGUUGGGACGUAAGUUUUGAAAAAAAAACUAACAUGUUAAAUUAACAAUCUGAAGAAAUUUUGGUCAAAUUUAAAUAUUAAUGGACGAACUUAUUGUAUACUGCCAAGGAAAAUCCGCAGUUGCAACCUCAUCUUUAUUACAAAAUUCUGUCCAGUCCCUUAAUACAUGGUCCAAAAAACAGGCUUAAGGUUCUCUUCCAAUAAAUCUAAAAUAAUUACAUUCACCAGGAGAUACAACAACUCUAAAAUAUCCAAAAUAACACUAAACGGAAUAAAUUUAAAGUUAAUAAUUGGUCAUUACAAGUUUUUAGGACUAACUGUCGAUAACAAACUCACCUGGCCUCGUCAUAUAGAUGAAAUAAAAGGCAACUGAUUAAGCCGAAUGAAUCUUUUAAAGACAUUUUCCCACCAUCAAUGGAGUGCCGAUGAAAGUGUACUACUUAAAAUAUAUCAAGCUAUAAUUCGAUCCAAAAUAGAGAUGUCAGAUAUAGAAUAAAACGGCUUUCGUGCGGGCAGAUCUUUAAUAGACAGCAUAUUUUCUCUAAAGCAGGUUAUUGAGAAAAUAUUAGCCCACAACCUUUCAACUCAUGUAGUCAUUUGACAAAGGCAUACAAUAGUGUAACACUUUCAAUACUUUGGGCAGCAAUAAAAAAACAGCUUUACCAAAAUAUGGCGGUAAACAUUAAAACUGGAAAUAAAUUAACUAGAGAAAUUCCUAUUAGUAAGGGUAGAAAAAAACGAGAGUUUGUACACGAUACACUUUGCUGACGACCAAGCCAUUCUAGCUGAAGACGAGAGUGAUAUAGAUUAUAUGCUUAGAAAACUGGAGGAGGAGUACAUCAAGUGGGGCUUUACAAUUAAUAUACAAAAAACCGAGUAUUUAGUUACAGGAGAAAAACCAGAAAGCCUACAAAUUGAAAUGGGAACUAUAAAAUCAACUGAAACCUUCAAAUACUUGGAAUCCAAAUAACAUCAAAAGUUGCCAAUCAAGAGUCGCCAACUGGCAAAUAUAUUUUGUCGCUUUAAGUUGGGUAUAAGCAUCAUCGACAUUUUAUAAAUGUCUAUGGCAUAAAAUAUUCCGAUCAAAUGUCAUGUCUAUUCUACUGUGCGGAUGUGAAACCUGGAAAGGGACAAACACUCUCACAGACAAACUGCAGGUCUUUGUUAAUAAACGCCUACGAAGAAUUGUUCGUAUAUUCUGGCCUAACACCAUCAGAAACGAAGAUCUGCUACACCUGACCGAACAAAAGAGGGUACAAAAUGAAAUUAAGUCCAGAAAGUGGGGUUGGAUCAGUCACACACUCCGAAAAAAUAGUUACAGUAUCGCAAAUACUGCCCUAGAGUGGAAUCCCCAAGGGAAAAGAAAAAGAGGUCGCCCAGUACAAACUUGGAGAAGAUCGAUCCAUCAUGGACGAGAUAAGAGGCCAAUAGUCUUGGAAUGAGGUGAAGGCCUUAGCGCAAAAUAGAACCCGAUGGCGCGUUUUCACUGAAGCUCUAUGCUCCACUUAGGGGUUCAAGAACCUUUAUGAGUCUGAACGAAGAGUUGGAAAUUAAAGGACUUGGGGAAAGACGAAUAAGGUCUAAAAGGACAGCCUGCAUCCUGUUGUAAGUUCUAAGUUACAAAAGUCAUAAAAAAUUCUUUAGUUUUUUUAUCAGCAAUUUAUCACUAGGAAAUUUCGUGGGUUUAUGGAACUUUCAGUGUUUCUGAAAUAAGUGUUUUAAAUCAAAAUUUUUAGGAAGCGGUUUUUCAAGGGAAGAUUACUUUUGUUUUUAAAAUUCGUUUUAUCCAAUGUUGCCUAUUUCCUAAAUGUACAUAAUAAUAAAAGCAAUACCGUUUUGAGCGUUAAAUAGGUUGGUAAUAAACAGAUGAAGUCUCUGUCUUUAUCUAAUAACAGGUAUAUAUUUGUAAUAUAUAUCGAGAUUACUGUAGUGAAAGAAAAGCAAAAGACUAGAGGUGAUCGUGGCUAAAGUCGAUAGUUAAUAAAUUAAUAUUGUUAGAUUUAGCCGUAUUUAAAUCGAAAAUAAAAUAAUUGUAACCAAUUUCAAAGAUUUUUUACAGACAGUAGAAUACUUAGUAGUUUCAGUUACAGAAUUUGUAUAUAUAAUAAUUUAAUUUAUUAUAAUACUUAUAAAAAUACGUAUUAAUGACGAAGUUAAACACCUUAAAACUUGUUCAUAGUCAUUUUUUGAUAUGGGGUGUUUAUUUAUCAGUUCGGUUAAUAACUUCGUUAUUAUUAAAAAUGUUUACACAAUUUAUAUCAUAUCUAUCUGGAGACACUUCAAAUUCAGAGGCAAUCUUUUUAACAAAAUAAAAUAGAAUGGUUCUGAUUGUAUAAUAAAUAAAAAAACAUUCAUUACAAUCUAUCUAACUAACUAUAUUACUGUCUAUCUACGAAAUUUAGCAUAAAUAAUAGACUUAACUGGAUUAAUAUUAAUUGGUAUUGACAACUACGUACUACUUAUCCACCAUUACCUCUACUAUUCCUUGGCCCCUCUACUUAGGAGAGAUAUUUGAUUAUUAAAAAGGCCACUUAGUAACCCAGACCCUGCGUGUAUUGUAAUAAAAAUCCAAAUGUUAGUUAUUAAAAUGAAUGUCUAUAUAAAUAUAUGUAUACAAGUCAAGAUAUAAAAUGUAAAAAAAAUAAAAGCAAUAAUGUGUUAUGAUAUAUAAACCUGUAACUAUUUUGCGAGUUAUUGUGUAUCAGCAGGUAUGCGGUAUUACCAGUUAUUUUUUUAGAGCCCUAAAAUAAAAUAUAGCUUUAAUGUAAUAUUUUUUAUUUGAAAGAAUAAAAAAGUAUUCUUUUUUGAA